CAAUACUUCUAGAAGUGAUGAGUUGUUUGUUAGGAAAUUCAGUUUUAAAGGGCAGAAUUUAAAAAAAAAAGAAUGCUUUGUAGGACGGACUAUACAACAAGACAAUCAUAUUUAAAUACAUUUUCAUACAAAUAGAAAUGAAAGGGAAACUACUCUAAAUGACAUUUUCUUAAGAUGGCUGCUGUUUUUAAUAGCAAAUGUACUAUCUCGAACAGGGUUGAUACAAAUUAAUUUCAGGUUAUUUAAAUUGACUUAACCAUCAAUGUUUAUUUAUAAGAAGCAGCAUGGGAGAGGCAACUGCUGAUUUAGAUUUACAGUCUGAUGAGUUUAAAGAAUUUUCAAAUUCUGAAGAUGUGAAGCCACUUCUAUCUACAGAAUUUUCAUCUUCUUCUGACAUAAAAACAGAAUUAUCAUUUUUAACUUUCCGUGAUAUCAAACCAAACAUGACAUUUAUUAAUUCACAGGAUUAUAAAACCGUUGUUACGCCAGAUUUUUCAUCUUCUGCAGACACAAAGUCAGAAUGUACAAAAUUUUCCUCUUUUGAUGAUGUAAAACACCAUAUGACAUUUCUAACUUCUCAAGAUAAAACAACAGGAUUUUUAAUUUUUAAAGAUAUGGAACCUGCUGUAUCAGCAGUAUGUACAAAAUCUGAAGAUUUAAAACCAGAAUUAGCAAUUUUAUCAACUAGUGAAGAUAUAAAACCAGAAUUAGAAACUUUAUCAACCAUCACAGAAUUAGAAAUUUUAUCAACUACUGAAGAUAUAAAACCAGAAUUAGAAAAUAUAUCAACUAGUGAAGAUCUAAAACGAGAAUUAGAAACUUUAUCAACUAGCGAAGAUAUAAUCCCAGAAUUAGAAACUUUAUCAACCAACAAAGAUAUAAAACCAGAUUUAUGGACAAAAUUUUUAGAUUCUGAGGACAAACAACAAAAUGGACUUGAAGAAAAGCUAAAACUCUCUGAAGAUGAAACAUAUCUGUCUGUUGAUCCUCAUGAUCAUCAUGAACAGUUUUUUCAAAGAUCUAACUUGAAUAAACAAGCUCAAGUAGGGGAGAAGCCACUUAAAUGUGAUGCUUGCAAAAAAACAUUUUCAGAUAGUUCUAGGUUAAGUAAACAUAAAAAAAUUCAUUCUGGAGAUAAGCCAUAUGAAUGUGAUGUUUGUCAUAAAAAGUUAUCUAAUAGUUCUGCUCUAAGCAGACACAAAAAAAUACAUUUACUAGUUAGACAGUAUGAAUGUGAUGUUUGUCACAAAAGGUUUUCAAGGAAUUCUGGUUUAGUGGAACACAAAAAAAACUCAUUCAGGAGAUAAACCUCAUGAAUGUGAUGUUUGUCAUAAAAAGUUUUCUCAGAGUUCUAGUUUAUAUGCACACAGAACAGUUCAUUCAGGAGAUAAACCAUUUGAAUGUGAUGUUUGUCAAAAAAAUUUUUCUCGGAGUUCUAGUUUAUAUACACACAAAAGCGUUCAUUCAGAAGAUAAACCAUUUGAAUGUGAUGUUUGUCAUAAAAAGUUUUCAUAUAGUUCUAAUUUAUAUGCACACAAACAAGUUCAUUCAGAAGAUAAACCAUUUGAAUGUGAUGUUUGUCAUAAAAAGUUUUCUCGGAGUUAUAAUUUAUAUACACACAAAAGAGUUCAUUCAGGAGAUAAAACAUUUGAAUGUGAUGUUUGUCUAAAAAAGUUUUCUCAGAAUUCUAGUUUAUAUACACACAAAAGAGUUCAUUCAGAAAAUAAACCAUUUGAAUGUGAUGUUUGUCAUAAAAAGUUUUCAUAUUGUGCUAAUUUAAGGAAACAUAGAAAAGUUCAUACUGGAGAUAAGCCAGAUGAAUGUGAUGAUUGCCAUACAUAUGUUUCUAGAAAAAAUAAAACAGUUCAUACUGGAGAUAAGCCAGAUGAAUGUGACGAUUGCCAUAAAUAUGUUUCUAAAAUAAAGCGGCUCCCGACAUAUUGGCUCCCUAUAUAAGUGCUCAAGACAAAUGGGCUCCCGACAAAAGCGGCUCACGACAUAUUGGCUACCGACAAAUGGGCUCCCGGCAAUUGGGCUCCCGACAUAUUGGCUCCAGACCAAUGAAUGGCAUGACCACUAUUGGCAUAAAAGUAACGAUUUUGUCCUACCUCCAAUACCACUAUAUACUCUUUUAAAUGCCCGAAUUAAAUUGUUUUUCAUGAACCAACAUUAAUUCACAAACAAAGUGAGCCCUUAACAGCUAAAUUUCACCAAUUCUAAAGUUUUGAUAAUGUUUAAUUUACAACAGAAAAGAUCUGUUGCUUAAAA